AUGCUUUUCGCUGUUUUAGCAUCAGCAGUUGAUAUUCAAUUAAAGCCAGGUAUAAAUUAUGUGUCAUCUCCUAUUGAGAUCAAAGAAAAUCAUACCCGCAUCAUUGGAGAAAAAAAUACCAGAUUAAUCGGUGGAAUCAAAUUAUCAAAUUGGGCCAAAGUAACAGACAAUAAUAUUCUAAAUAGGCUAGAUGAAAGUGUUAGAAGCAAAAUAUAUCAAAUUGAUCUCAAAGAAUUCAAUAUCACAAAUCUUCGCCCAUUUUAUCAAUUUGGAUAUACAUAUUCGCCUAGAUGCUCGCACAAUCAUCUAUAUAUUGAUCAGCAACAAAUGAAUAUUGCUCAAUAUCCUCGUGUUGGCGAAUUUAUAAACGUUUCUUCUCCAGUAACUGCGACAUCAAUAGUAAAAGGUAUUGGGAUUAAUGAUUCUCGCAUAUACACAUGGAAAUAUCAUCCUAAUAUCAUGGCCUUUGGUUAUUGGAACUAUCGAUGGUCCGGAUCCGCUCAAAAAGUAACUCGGAUAGAUAAAAGCAAUCAGAAAGUAUACCUUGGCAACGCUGGCAAUUCUAUUUUAGCAAAACAAGGUGAUGGUAUUUUCUUCUAUAAUAUUCUUGAAGAGAUUCGAUAUCCAGGAGAUUUCUAUAUUGACAAUGAGACGAAAAUACUUUAUUUCUUACCUUUUGGCAAAAUUAACUCAAAAACAGAAAUAUUUUUAUCAAAUUUAACUCAAGCAGUAAUACGUUCAGUAAAUACUCAUGACAUAGAAAUCCGAGACAUAUCUAUUGAAGCAACAUGUUAUAAUGGUAUUGAAUUUUAUUAUUGCACAAAUGUAACCAUUGAUAAUGUAAAAGUGUUCAAUAUUGGUCUCAAUGGCCUAAUGUUGUAUGGGUCAAAUAUUACAUUAAAUAACAGUCUAAUCCACAACACUUUGAAUUACGGACUUAUUAUGAGUGGAGGAAACAGAGCUACUUUAGAAAAAAGUAACAAUUUAAUUUACAAUUGUGAAUUUUAUUAUUUUGGUAACUUGUCCAGAAGCUCUUAUCCUGCUAUUUUAUUAGUGGGUGUCGGCCACACAGUACGCAAUUGCCUUAUAUAUAAUGGUCCUCAAUCCGGAAUUAUUAUAACUGGAAACGAUCAUUUGUUUGAGAAAAAUGAGAUGCAUCAUCUACUUCAGGAAGCUUCUGAUAACGGUGUUAUAUAUUUAGGAAACGACUACACGUUUCGAGGAAACAUACUUAGGAACAACUACAUCCACGAUGUCUUCACUCCUAAACCCAUCAUCAUUGGAUUUUAUUUCGAUUCAUGCGUGCGUACAGCUCUAGUGACAAACAACAUUUUAUAUAAAGUUAAAUCCGGGCUUUUGGUAAAUGGUGGUAGAGAUUACAUUGUAAAAAACAAUGUAUUUAUUGGAAGUGAGUUCGCACUUUUAACUAGGGCAAUGUGUGCUAUGCCGGGUCUUGCAGAUGUCCAUAAAAGUUUGAUGAAAAACUAUUACAAUAUCACAGGAAAUCCAAAAGUCGCUGGUUAUUUGCCACCAUAUUCAGAGAGAUACGAAAAUAUCACCAAGAUUGAUGAAUUCUAUAAGAGAGGAACUGUUAAAACACCAUUGAUUCCUCCAUCAGCUAUUUUUUCACACAAUAUUUUUUGUAAUAACACAAAUAGAUAUUUAAAUGCAACGAUAAUGGAUGAAAUUUAUUACGACAACAACAUUGAUGCAAACGAAUCUGACUUUGCAGAUUUUGAGAAUGGAGAUUACUCCAUCAAAAAGGGUUCCAGACUUAACAAACUCGGCAUUGAACCAAUUGACAUGAGCGAAAUCGGACUGAUUAAAAAGUCUUCCGGAAAAGGAAAAACUGUUGCAAUUGUAUUAGUUUGUGUUUUCUUAGCUGCUGCUGUUGUUAUUGCAAUUAUUAUAGGAUUUAUAAUUGUAAAGCGCAAAAAAGACGAUAACUCAGCUGUGAACAAAACUUUUCUCGUUUAA